AUGUUCUGCACCAAGCUCAAGGACCUCAAGAUCACCGGCGAGUGCCCUUUCUCUUUACUGGCACCGGGCCAGGUGCCCAAAGAGCCAGCCAGCGAGGGGGCAGGAAGCUCAGAGAGCUGCAAAGCCACUGUGCCGGUCUGUCAGAACAUUCCCGAGAAGCAUGCUCAAGGAGGCCUUCCCCAGAGAAAGACCAGUCGCAGCCGAGUCUACCUUCACACCUUGGCAGAGAGCAUUUGUAAACUCAUCUUCCCCGAGUUUGAACGAUUGAACCUUGCCCUCCAGAGAACAUUGGCAAAGCAUAAAAUAAGAGAGAUCAGGAAAUCUUCGGAAAGAGACGACUUUGAAACAAUCAUUGCUGAUCAAGCAACCGCGGCAGGCUUGCCCGUGGAGGUCUUCAGAGAGUCCCUGGGGGAAGAGCAUUUUAAGAUCUGCUAUGAGGAAGACGAACACAUCCUUGGUGUGGUGGGAGGCACCCUCAAAGAUUUCCUCAACAGCUUCAGUACCCUGCUGAAGCAGAGCAGCCAUUGCCCAGAAGCCGAAAAGAGGGGCGGCCCGGAGGACGCAUCCAUUCUGUGCCUGGAUAAGGACCCCGACUUCCUCGAUGUCUACUACUUCUUCCCCAAGAAAGCCACGGCUCUUGUCCUCCCUGGCAUCAUUAAAGCAGCCGCUCACAUCCUGUACGAAAGCCAAGUGGAGGUGGCGUUACUGCCGCCCACGUUCCGAAACGAUUGCACCGAGUUUGUCAAUCAACCCUAUCUGCUCUAUUCUGUCCACGUGAAGAACACGAGGCCGUCCCUGUCCCCGGGCAAGCCUCAGUCCUCCCUGGUCAUCCCUGCCUCGCUCUUCUGUAAGACAUUUCCGUUUCAUUUCAUGUUUGACAAAGAGAUGGUCAUCCUGCAGUUCGGCAAUGGCAUCCGAAGGCUCAUGAACAGGAGGGACUUCCAAGGAAAGCCUCAUUUUGACGAGUAUUUUGAAGUCCUGACUCCAAAAAUCAACCAAACAUUCAGUGGGAUCAUGACCAUGUUGAAUAUGCAGUUCAUUGUACGUGUGAGGCGGUGGGACAAUUCUGUGAAGAAAUCCUCCCGGAUUAUGGACCUCAAAGGCCAAAUGAUCUACCUCGUGGAAUCCAGUGCUAUCUUGUUCUUGGGGUCACCGUGCGUGGAUAGACUGGAAGAUUUCACAGGACGUGGGCUCUACCUAUCGGACAUCCCGAUUCACAACGCACUGAGGGAUGUGGUCUUGAUAGGGGAACAAGCCCGAGCUCAAGAUGGCCUGAAGAAGAGGCUGGGCAAGCUGAAGGCCACCCUGGAGCAAGCCCACCAGGCCCUGGAGGAGGAGAAGAAAAAGACCGUGGAUCUCCUGUGUUCCAUCUUUCCCUCCGAGGUGGCUCAGCAGCUGUGGCAAGGGCAGGUGGUGCCGGCCAAGAGGUUCGGCAACGUCACUAUGCUGUUCUCAGACAUUGUGGGGUUCACGGCCAUCUGCUCCCAGUGCUCGCCACUGCAGGUCAUCACCAUGCUCAAUGCUCUCUACACUCGCUUUGACCGGCAGUGUGGAGAGCUGGAUGUCUACAAGGUGGAGACCAUCGGGGAUGCCUACUGUGUGGCUGGUGGGUUGCACAGGGAGAGUGACACUCAUGCUGUGCAGAUCGCACUCAUGGCUUUGAAAAUGAUGGAACUUUCUGAUGAGGUCAUGUCUCCUCACGGAGAACCUAUCAAGAUGAGAAUCGGUCUGCAUUCUGGGUCUGUUUUUGCGGGAGUUGUUGGAGUUAAAAUGCCCCGUUAUUGUCUUUUUGGAAACGAUGUCACCCUGGCUAACAAGUUUGAGUCCUGCAGUGUGCCAAGGAAAAUCAAUGUCAGCCCAACUACUUACAGACUGCUCAAAGAUUGCCCUGGCUUUGUGUUUACGCCUCGAUCAAGAGAAGAACUUCCACCCAACUUUCCCAGUGACAUUCCUGGGAUCUGUUACUUUCUGGAUGCCUAUGAACAAGGAGCGAAUUCGAAACUGUGUUUCCAAAAGAAAGAUUUGGAUGAUGGCAAUGCCAACUUCCUAGGCAAAGCCUCAGGAAUUGAUUAGUGCACCGCUCUGUCGUGGAAUAGCGUUUGUCCUGGGAGGCUGUGCAGUGCCUCUGAAUGCACUUUGAGUUUGUAGGAAGCUAGCAAGCAGUAGUGAGAUUUCAGGAGCUAAGUCACAAUAUGAUCUUUCUCCCGUUUAACAUGACCAAAAACUAUGAUGUUAUUCCUUCGAUUCAGCCGUUAAAAAAAAAAAAUGGGACCUUCAAAAAUUUACUUUUUGAGGGAACAUCCUGGUUUUAUAAGUCACUACCCAUACUCACAAGUUAGCACAUUGUACAUAUAUCAGAUAAUUGUAGCUGGCUACACAAACUGAUGAAGCCAACACAGUUUCGUGCUCUGGUGGAAUGCGAUGGUGGUUAAUGUGUAUUUGUGAUCGUGCAGCCCUUACAAAACUUUUUCAGUAGAAAUUUUAGUCAUUGAUACCAUAAGUUCUUGCAACUUUUCAAUUUUGCAUUUUGUUACAUUUUCUCUUUUAACUAUAGUAUCUAUAACAAAAUACUGAGUUACUUUUUCUCUGUUGCACUUUUUAAGGAAAUAAGCAAUUAGGGGGUUAGAUGCAAUAUGAAUAUAGCAUAGUUCUUCUGUAAAUACAAAAUUUUAUAUUUAAAUCUUCAAGUUAAAACUACAUUUAGGUAUCCUACUAGCAAAAUAUUCAGGAUGGAAAACGACACGCAACCUAGAACAACAUGCAAUAAUACGUUCUAUUCUGAUCUUCUCUGUAUUGUUCCAAUUUUAGUAUAUGUCCUGCCAACAUAAUAAUAAUCUUCUAAUUUAGUGAGAAGCAGAGUGAGAAUACAGUAUGCACCCACGGAGCCUACCGUCAUAUAAAACGUUUCCGUGCACACUCACACACACACUUACACACACAUACACACGGAAAACCUGCUUCAGCAGCCAACUUCCAUUGCCACACUGAGCCACAUAAAACAACAAGGGAAAGAACUUUGUUUCUUCCUUGUUUCCUUUCUUUCUUCUCUUUCUCCCCCUUUCCUCCCUCUUUCCUUCUCCCUUUUUACUGAUGGCCACUUUUUCUUACGUAUUUACGCCGAAUAUUCUCACGUGUGUAUAUGUAAGAAUCACCAACUUUCAGUCUCCUUAAGCAUAUACUGUGGAGUUAAAAAAAAAAAAAAACUUUUGUGGAAGUAACUUGGUGAUGUGUAUUACAAGACCACUAGUAGCGUUGUAGCAAAUGAUGAUGUGAUUUCAUUCUGGAAAAUUCUAAGCAUUUGUCUAGAGCUGGAUGUUUAUUUUGCCUGAUGUCAGCUUAAGUUUUCUGACCAACUUGAGAAAACAAACAAACAAAAAAAAAACCUACAAAGUUGUCAGAGUUUGAUUUGGAAAAAGCAUAUAAUAUUUAAAAGACCUUAACGUAAAAGCAAGGAAAGAGAUGAACAUCAUAGUUUUGAAAUAAGUAUUAGAAGUACAAACAGACUGAAGUCGUAGUUGGAGCACAGAGAAAUGACUUAGUUUACAACUUUUUAAAUUGUCUCUCUUCCAGCAAUAAAAUAUCAUUGUUAACUAGUCUCUAACUAGGAAAUUACUGUAGGAAAGUGCUUUGUACUUCAGCGUCUUAAAAGAUUAAAUAUGCUUUAUGGGAAAAUACUAUAAAACUUCAGAAAAUACAAUUACCGGCUCACAAUUACAUAAACUUAAAUAAGUGUUUACAAGGAAAAUUAAGAAACAAAUACAUUUUUUCUUUAUAUAUAUAAAAAAAAAAACCUGAACCCUUUUGAUGGGCAAAUACUGGGGAUUAAGAAAAAUGAAAAAGCAUGUAAUGUCAACAUGAAAUAGAUAUGCAAGCAGGCCCUUGUUUGUUAAUAAUUUGUUCCCUAUCAAUCAGUAAAUCAAUCAGCAUUUGAAAUCGGAAUUACCUUGCACAUGCUUGUGACAUAAAACAGAACAAAUAGGGAAAGGUACACCGUCUGGGUAAAACCAGUUGGGGAGUUUUCCCUGGUACUAUUCCUACAACAUCUUUCCAGAUUUGGAAUUUUAUCCAGAUAAAAAAAUAUCUUAAAAAUUUUCUAGUCUGGAAUGGCUUCUGCCAAACAGACUAAAAUGGUCCAUUGAUUAUGGAAAAAGAAACAGAAAAACAGAAAACAAACAAAUAACAACAACAACAACAACAAAACGACCCACUGGCUUCUGCUUCUUUUUCCAACAGUUGUGAAGUUGCAUGAUGAGAACAAUGGCAAUCCUUAGAGGAAGAGCAGGGUAGACCAGGUGCACAGGCGGGGAGGGCCGUAUCUAAGACUGUGGAUGAGGAUACCUGUGUGCCAUUACAAGUGACUAAAUGAGGAUUGGCCCCUAAACCUAACUAAAGUGACUCUGCUGUGAACAGAAAAACUGGGGUAUCUGGCCCUGGAAUAUCCUGUCACCUUCAAGACCACUACUUCUUCAGAUCCUUCGCUCUAGAGGAAAGAAGAGUUGCAUCCAAAUGACGUUCCCAGCCAGGAAACGUCCAGCUGGAAUUCUCCUAAGCUCUGAGAGCCAUACAAUAUUUUUUCGUAUAUUAUUAUUAUUAUUUUGCCUUCAAUUGACAGGUGCAUUCAGUUCCCCAUGAAGACAAUUAGUAAAUCCAAAUCCCCCAAGAGUAUUACUGCUGAGGUUUUAAGCGUGUUUGUUCGAACUGCCAAACUCAUAAGUAAUAAACAGGAAUCUCUUCGACAGACUUGUCCAGGGUGGCUUGGUCCAUCACCACUCUCACAGCACAAAGUUCAUUUCACCUGACUGUACACUUUGGUGCUUUUUCACCCUAUAACUAGUGCUUCUUGGAAGAUGAACCUAAAGGUCGCAGGGACAGGGGACUUGAGCGGUGUGAGAGACAGGCAGCUCCUAAAAGGGGCUCAACCAGUGAAUUUGUAAUCCCUGUACGGAGGGACAUACCAACUCUUCCAAAACAGAAUCUUAACUCUUCCGCAAUGAUAGGGAAGUGCAGUUUGCUUGUCUGCAUACAGGUGAAAGGGAGGGCCGCUCAUCUAAACAAUGACAUCGCUACUGGCAACUUGGGCUAGUGUUAGCAUGGAUGCUCUCUGCUGACAUGCUUCUCACACCCUUGGAAAUGGGUUCCAUCCUUCAAUGAGAAGCAGAAGAAGCAUGCCAACUGUGAAAGCCAAGAGCUCACGGUAGUGGGACCAGUUAGUGCUUUUGUCUCCUGCUCUUAGUUUGUUGGCUUCUAAAUGUGAUGAAAUAUUCCCUUGUUAUAAGUGCUUCCUUUUGGAUGCCAAUGAUGCAUGCUCAUUUGAUAAGCUUGUUUUAUGGCACUUCAAAACUUGCACAUUUUGUUUGAAAUUUCUUGGAGGCAGCUUUACCCAGGACCAGUUCUGAAUUAUUUUUAACUAUACCAAGCAUUCAUACUUUUUUUAACCCAAAUUAUUUCCCUUACAUUAUGCCCAAUUUCCCCAUAGUCAUUACCUUCAAUAAACAAGUUCUUCAGGAAGUUAAAGGCUUAAAAAAAGAAGGAAAUCUAAGAGACAAGGAAGAUGUGAUGUUCUAAAAGCCACCUCUGUUAUCAACUGUGCAGAAUAUUCAUUUGCAUCACAAUAGAUACAGUGUUGAGAACAUUUUAGCCUCUUAGGCUUAAACACAGCAGUGGAAAUCAAGGCAAAUUUUAGAUGACCCGUCCAGGACUUAAUCUCAGAUAUUCUGAUAAGUAGACUUUAGAAAAGUUUGCGGUUACCUUCCAAGCUAUUUAAUUUUUCAUAAUAUGUCAUCUCAGAAAGUGAAAUUGCAGAUAAACGUUCCUGAUUGUGAAGGGAAUUAUUUGGCAGAAUUUGCAGAAGACUCAAAUCCAAAAGUAUUCACUGAGAUGUUUUAGUCUGACAUGCUGCCAAAUCCAUGUGUGUUGAGGAAAUGACAGGUCUUUUCAGAGAAAGCUGAAACAAAACAGCUAUUAUAGAAGUUGGUCAGGCGGAUGUGUUUAGUAUUGUUCACCUGGAAUAAGAUCAACGCAACGGAAUCCCCGUGGAAAGUCGUGCUGAUAGUGAUCCUGGGGUCCUGGGCCUUGAGAAAUAUGGUAGCCAUUCCCAGUGAUGCAGGGACCUGUGACAGCUGGGCACAGUUUGAUCACAAUGAGCCACCCUUGUCCAUGAAUAGAUUGUAGCUGGUACAACUGAGUGGAUAGAAACACAACCAUAUUUGAGAAAUUACUGCUGCUUUGCCUCCUCUCAACAUGGAGAUGAAAGAUACUGUGUAAAAGCUCAGAACUUGACACUCACUGCUCCAGAGCCCUAUUCUCCCACCUCCAGCCUUUUGAGUUUUUGCACUUUAAGUGAAAUAUUUCAGCACUCUUAUGUUUGAGUUUCCAUGUGUAUGUAUAUUAUGUAUGUAUAUAUUUAUAUGUUGUUCUCAAUUUAUAUACUGCAUAUGCCAAAAGAUGAUUUCCUUUUCUUUGUAAGCACAUGUGUCAGUACAAAUUUCGGUAUUUUAUUCAGCCAUUGCAAUGAAUCUUUACCUGCUACGUGGAAAUGGUUUUAAUUGGUCAGCAAGUUUUUAACUCUGAGUCAUGUGUCAUCCUGAGCAGAUGUAGAUGAUCUUGCCUGCAGAUUCUGCAUGUUCCCAAUUAGCCCUUGUAACAUGGAUAUUCAGAAGGAAGGGAACUCUCUGGAAUCUACUGCUAGACCGCUACUGAGACGCACUUUAGACCCUGUGGUCUAAAAGAACAAAAUUAAAAAUAUGUAUCUAUUGGGUAAGGACUUAGUGUCUAGAGGAGAAGUUGAGACCUUGUUGUUUAAAGACUGGAAAGAGCUAAUAUUUUGAAAUGACAUCGAUGAAAACCAGCAGAAGUGUGUGAGCUUUGGUUUAGAGGAGAACACUUUUGCUUCUUGAGGAAUCAAGGAAAUUAUUUUUUCCUUUUUCUUUUUCAGUCCUAUUGUUUGGAUUGCUUCACAAGGUAUCCUACCCACAUAGUUUCAUUUUUAGUAAAUAUCAAAGAAACAUCUCAUUUUGCUGUAGUUGCAUUGCUAUAGGUAUCCCGCUUUUUAAACUUAAAUCAUUCUUACAACUUUUCCUCUGUCCGAAGGAUAAUAGCUACUGAAUUGUGCUUUGAAACCCAUCUUACUGCACAUCACACUUCUCUUAUUAUUGCUUUCACUUUUGUUUUAAAUAACAUUUACUUUCAGUUCUGCAUCUGACAGACUUGCAGUUUGUCAAAAUGUUACCCUGUCUCCAAAGUUUGUCAGAUAUUGCUGCCACAUGAAUAUUGUAAUAAGAGUGCUUCAAUAAAAAUCGUCUUGAAAUUUAAAA